AUGCAAACUACUUCAAAAGAAGCUCGAAUCAAUUUAGCUAUUGAGGCUAUUCGCGAAUACCACCUCUCAAAUUGGUAUACCGAAGGCGAUUUACUGUACGAUUGGCUUAUUAAACCUACUACCAAUGGAUGGACAGAUAAUGAGACAGGUCUUGAAUGGAUUAAGCACUUCAACAAAUAUACUGAAACUGCUAAGGUUCAUAAUCUCCGCAAAGCAAAUGAAGCACUUAGUAAACACCGAAGAGCUAGAAAAGCUUUAAUACGAAAAGGAGGAGCACUUUCAGUAGAAGAUGAGCAUAAUAUAUUAGAACAAGAGAAUGUAGAAGAUCAGAUACGAUGCGACGAAUUUACAAAUGGUGAUUCUUCAGCAAAGAGGCAAGCUAUUAUACGACGAUGUAGCAAAUGUGGUAGUGCUUCACAUAAUGCACGAACUUUAUUGUUGUAA